AUGGGGAAGCUGGUGGCACUUAUCCUGCUGGGCGCCGGCCUGGCCCUAGUCUGGGAGAGAUUUUUGACACUUGGAGAAAGACUGAAUGCACAUCGAGAAGUAGAGUCAGUAGAACCCCAGAACUGCCGCCUUAUUGAGGGAAUUGAAAAUGGCUCUGAAGAUAUUGACAUCCUUCCUAGUGGGCUGGCUUUUAUCUCCAAUGGAUUAAAAUAUUCAGGCAUGCCAGACCUUGCACCAGAUGAGCCAGGACGAAUCUUCUUGAUGGAUUUAAAUGAGCAAAACCCAAGGGUCCAGGAAUUAAACAUCAGUGGUGGUUUUGAUAAAGCAUCCUUUAAUCCACAUGGAAUGAGUACUUUCAUUGACAAAGACCAAUCUGUGUAUCUUUAUGUUGUGAACCAUCCCCACAUGGACUCCACCGUGGAGAUAUUUAAAUUUGAGGAACAACAACGUUCUUUGGUAUACCUGAAAACUAUAAAACACAAACUUCUCAAAAGUGUGAAUGAUAUUGUGGUUCUCGGACCAGAACAGUUCUAUGCCACCAGAGACCGCUAUUUUACCAACUUCUUGGCACUGUUCGAGUUUGUCAUGGAUCUUCGCUGGACUCAUGUGCUUUUCUACAGCCCAAGAGAGGUUAAAGUGGUGGCCAGCGGAUUUAGUUCUGCCAAUGGAAUUACAAUCUCACUAGACAAGAAGUAUAUCUAUGUAGCCGAUAUAUUGUAUAAGAACAUUCAUGUUAUGAAAAUACAAGACAACUGGGAUUUAACUCAACUCAAGGCAAUCCAGUUGGACACCUUAGUGGAUAACUUAACUGCUGAUCCUGACACGGGAGAUAUUUUGGCAGGAUGCCAUCCUAAUGCUAUCAAGCUGCUGAUGUAUAACACUGAGGAUCCUCCAGGGUCAGAAGUACUUCGCAUCCGGAAUGCUUUGUCUGAGAAGCCCGUGAUAAGCACCAUGUACGCCAACAAUGGCUCAGUACUUCAGGGUAGCUCUGUGGCCUCUGCGUACGGGGGGAAGCUUCUCAUAGGCACUGUAUUUCACAAAGCCCUGUACUGUGAGCUCUAG